AGGAGGGUGCUGUCAAUUGCUCCGUCAUCAAUCAAAGAUAGUAGCCAAGUGAAUUGCUCCAUGUGUAACCCAAUUGAUAAGGCCCGAGGGCGAGGCUCUUUAUCGGGGGCGAUAGUGGAUACUAGUGCGAGUCCCAAUCCCAGGUCUCACACAGGGCAGCAGCGGGCGGGCGAGGUGAGGGUGUCUGAGCUGGGCUUGCCAUUCUUUGAUUUGGCCGACAGCCUGCCAUCUCUUGCUGCAUCAGCAAACAGCCUGGUUUGUUUCAGCGACUUCGCAUUCCCUUCCCUUCCCCCCCCUCAAUACCAACCACGACUUGUUCCCCUUCUCGCAUGUUGCCCUUUUUUACGCCGACAGAGCUGCAAUCAUCCCCACGCUUUGGCAGUCAUAUUCCGACUACUCCAACCCUGGAGAGAAAGGCUGAUUGCCUGCCCCCGAGUUAUUUGGUCGCGCGACGGCCAGCCACCAAACGAACCCCUCACCCUAAACCUUACGUUUCCUACAGCGCAGCACCACUACCAGCAAGAUGGCGGCACGAAAGCUGCAGCAGGAAGUCGACAAGUGCUUCAAGAAGGUGGCUGAAGGUGUCGCCGACUUCGAGGCCAUUUACGAGAAGAUUGAGCAGUCCACCAAUCAGGCGCAAAAGGAGAAGCUAGAAGAUCAGCUGAAGCGAGAAAUCAAGAAGUUGCAGAGGCUGCGCGAUCAGAUCAAGACAUGGGCUGCUAGCAAUGAUAUCAAGGAUAAGGGGCCGCUGCUGGAGCAGCGGAGGCUGAUAGAGACGCAAAUGGAGAAGUUCAAGGCUGUCGAAAAGGCGAUGAAGACGAAGGCGUACUCUAAAGAGGGGUUAUCAGCCGCCACCAAGCUGGACCCCAAGGAGCAAGCGAAGCUGGAGGCAAGCGAAUUCCUGAGCAACAUGGUUGACGAACUCGAGCAGCAAAUCGAAACCCUCGAGGCCGAAGGCGAAUCGAUACAAGCCACCAUGAAGAAGGGCAAGGGACAGGCAACCAAGCUGGAGCGCAUCGCCGAGAUAGAGCGCAUCAUCGAACGGCAUAAAUGGCACCAAGGGAAGCUGGAGCUGAUUCGCCGCUCACUCGAAAAUGGGGGCGUCGAGACCGAGCAAGUCACGGACCUAGAGGAGAGCAUCAAGUACUACGUGUCCGACGGCAUGAACGACGAUUUCCCCGAGGACGAGGGCAUGUAUGACGAUCUAAACCUGGAAGAAGAGGAGGAUGCCUUUGGUAUGAACCUGGAGAACGACAAGGGCUCAUCACAGGACACCCAGUCGGUUCAAGAGGAGCCAGCCCCUGAGCCCGAGACGACAAGACCGGCAGCUGCUGCUCCGGUCGGAAAGCAACGCACGGUGGCCGAUGCUGUGACAGGGUCGGCUACACGACGUCCCUCGGCCCAAAAGUCACCCCUCCCAACGCUCGCAACCGUCCACAACUCGCAAACAACCAACAGCAAUGGGGUCCAGGCCAAUGUUGCCAUGAAGCCGGCAGCGCUACCAACCCGGCCCGCCGAGGGUUUGAAGUAUGCCAGCGCAGCAGCAGCCGCUGCCGCAAGCGAUAAGAACAACGUGGGCAUUGCGCCUUUACCCCCUCCGCCAGGUGCUCCUCCAGCAUCCGCCGCCUCUCCGUUAGCACCAAGUCAGCCGAGGACAAGUACUACCAACUCUCCCAGCACAGCACCCAUACAACCGGUGGUGCAGGACAGGGCACCCCUACAAACUGCCCAGCCGCCAGCCAAGGAAGCGCCCAAAUCUGCAGCAUCAAAGGGCAAGGCUCCUGUACAACCGCCAACCGCCACACCAGCAGCUUCAGAUCACGGAGAUGCCACCCCCGCGCGAGCAGGUUCGGCGUCAACACAAGGGGCUCCAGUAUCAGCACCAGUACCGGCUGCGAACGGCGUUUCUAAUGGCAUCAAGCCAAUCGAGGAGGAAGAGGAAGAUGAAGAGGAAGAGUCGAUAUAUCAUCUCCCUGCGGUCCUCCAAGACCUGGUGGAAUCAUACGAAGUGACCAAGAAGCGGACGGCGUCAAUAAACUCACCAUUGACCCAGAGGAUGCAUAUCACAUCGGAAGCGGCUAAGCCUGAAGUUGCGGAUGCCGAACCACCCCGCGCGUAUGUGCCGGAGACGAAGUACCUCGCGCACACACACUUCCCACAAGAGCCGCUAGAUAUCCUGGAUGACCCACGACUGUACGAACGAAUCGAGCCAGACACACUCUUUUACGUUUUCUACUACAAACAGGGGACAUACCAGCAAUAUCUUGCCGCGAGGGCUUUGAAGGACCAGAGUUGGAGGUUCCAUAAACAAUACCAGACAUGGUUUCAGAGACACGAAGAACCAAAGUCGAUUACCGAAGAGUUUGAACAGGGGACGUACCGCUUCUUCGAUUAUGAGAGCACAUGGAUGAACCGCAGAAAGGCAGAUUUUAAGUUUGCCUACAAGUUUCUCGAGGAUGAGGUUUGAACUUGUGUGCCGGCAAGAUGGUCGUGUGUGGUCUAGCGAUGUAACCUUAACGCUGGGGCUUUCUUUAGUGAGACAUUGGGCUCACGGACACUACAGAGUGUCGAUAACGUUUGGAGGAAACAACAUAAUUGCAAUGUUUUGACUCGGUGCACUGAAGCAUCACUGUAUUGUUGUAGGCAUAUCUCGUGAC